AUGGAGCGCUACAUGGAGCUUGAACCUACAGACUGCGCAGGGGGGGGCGGAGCAGCGGGAGCCGGGGAGCUGGGGAGCCGGAGCCCCGGGUCCCAGCGACCAGAGCCGGCUUCCCCGGCGGCGUCCCGAGGACCCCGGCAUCGGCCUCCUCCCGCCCCCCGAGGCUGGAGAGUGGAUGCAGAGGGGGGUGGGGUGGGGGCAGAGUCAGAAUUCCGAGGACAGAAGGCAGAGGUCGUCCCCAAUUAUUGGAGGGGAGAGAGACCCCCAGUUUGGGGAGGGGGAGAGCUGGGGGUUGAGCGCCCCACCCGCAACUGCCGCUGCCCUCAGCCGAAGGGUAUCUCUCGGCUCUCCCCUCCUACCCAGACGAUUCGAACGACCAAGGCCAGGGACACCUGUCCUUCAGCCUCUGCACCCCCUCACCCCGCUCUGGGGCUGGCCCAGGGAGGAGACCCUGCCCGCCUCCCGCCUCUGCCCUCGAGAGGGACUGUCCUUUCACGCCCCAGAGUGAGGGGCCCAGGAAGGGCCUGGCCAGUCGCAGCUUCUUUCCUCCUGAGCUCCCCGUCUCUGUUGCUGCACCCUGCAACUCCCACCCCUCCAUAUUUAUUUCCCUGGUCCCCUGCCAGCCCCUCCAUCUCGUUCUCUGGGAUUCAGGCCUCCCUUGUGGACAAGGAGAGUAACCUGUCUGGCCUGGUGCCUGCCGCCCGGCUGGUGUCUGCGCUGCCUCCCACUGUGACCCUGGGGCUGACUGCGGCCUACACCACCCUGUACUCCCUACUCUUCUUUUCUGUCUAUGCCCAACUCUGGCUGGUGCUUCUAUAUGGGCACAAGCGUCUCAGCUAUCAGACGGUGUUCCUGGCACUCUGUUUGCUCUGGGCUGCCUUGCGCACCACCCUCUUCUCCUUCUACUUCCGAGAUACCCCCCGAGCCAACCGCCUGGGAACCCUGCCCUUUUGGCUUCGCUACUGCUGCCCUGUCUGCCUACAGUUCUUCACACUGACACUUAUGAACCUCUACUUCGCCCAGGUUGUGUUCAAGGCCAAGGCCAAGGCCAAGCGCCGGCCGGAGAUGAGCCGAGGCUUGCUGGCCGUCCGGGGGGACUUCGCGGGGGCCUCGCUGCUCUUUCUGCUGGUGAAUGUGCUGUGCUGUGCUGUGCUGUCCCGCCGGCGCCGGGCACAGCCCUGGGCCCUCCUGCUGGUGCGAGUCCUGGUGAGCGACUGCCUCUUUGUCAUCUGCGCGCUGUCUCUUGCUGCCUGCCUCUGCCUUGUCGCCUGGCGGGCGCCCUCCACCAGCAUCUACCUGGAGGCCAAGGGGACCCGUGUGUGCCAGGCGGCUGCAAUGGGUGGCGCCAUGGUCCUGCUCUAUGCCAGCUGGGCCUGCUACAACCUGGCAGCCCUGGCCUUGACCCCCGGCGGGCUGGAUGCCUUCGAUUACGACUGGUACAACGUCUCUGACCAGGCGGACCUGGUGAACGACCUGGGGAACAAAGGCUACCUGGUGUUUGGCCUCAUCCUCUGUGUGUGGGAGUUGCUGCCCACCGCCCUGCUGAUGGGCUUCUUCAGGGUGCACCGGCCCCCGCAGGACCUGGUCUUUGGCUCCCCUUCCGACUUCUUCGACCGGGCAGGGCACUGUGAGGAUGAGGGCUGCUCCUGGGAGCGUGGCCAGAGCGAGAGCACCAGCAUGUCAGGCAGCCUAGGCUCCGGCAGCUGGUACGGCGCCAUUGGGGGGGAGCCAGCCUGGUGCGGGGGCAGCCAGACACGGGCCACUCCUCUGCUCUUCUCCCAGGUGCUGGGACCAGGUGGCCACCACAGUCUCUACUCCACCCCGCAGACGUGAUCCCCUUUUGUCCUCCCCCCAGAGCACCCAGACCCCAGUCCUCCCAUCCCAGGCCCCGCCACCCACCCUGUGCCAAGUUCACCUGCGGCUUCUUGCCCAGGAUCAUGGGAGGCUGUG